AUGGACGCUUACGAGGAUUAUAACUCACCGUAUGGCGUCGCAACCAGGGCAGCUCAUCCUGGUGUAGUGCUGCUUUCACCGCAACCGUCAGGUGUAGGAUCCUCCCACACAAGUGGUCAGGGUCUUACCUCUGCAUUUGGUGGGAUGAGCAUCUCUAAUGACAGCAGUACGCUUGUCGAAGAAUCGAACUCUGCAGCAGCUGGCUCUGCUGUGAAUAUCAGUCAACAUACCACUGGACAUUCCUCUGGGCUCAUCAACUUGACUCAAGACAUUAACAAUAUUUGCAAAUGGUUAACAAACAUGUCAAGCGCUCAACAAAAUAUGGUCAUGGAUAACGUUAUCUCUGUAUUGAAGGAUGAUGUUCUUCAAUAUACAAAAUUGAAACUAGAUAGUCUUACAAAUUCUGGUUAUUUGUCCUCGCCGCCACAACCUCCUAUGAUCUCGUCACCGUUAUCUGUACCACUACUAAAUGAACUCACAGGUGGAUCUUCUUCUAAUGGUAUGAGUAAUAUGAACUCGAUGUUUAAUACUCAAAGAUCAUCAGCUGCGGCAGGUCCUGUAGCGGCAGGUUCCGCAGCAGUUAACUCGAAUGGUACUUUCCAUCCUUGGUCUCCUCAACCUACACUUGAUCAGCAACAACAACAACAGCAACAAUUUCUUUUACAACAGAGACCAAAGUCAGCAGAGCCAACUACUUAUCAAACAUCCGUCUCCAACGGUAUGAUAUCCAACUCUCGCCAUUUGAACCUUCAUAACAACAAGAAUUAUAAUGUUUUACCUCAACAACAACAGCAACAACAGCAACAACAGCAACAACAAAGUAUGAGUACUUCCCCAAAUAAACUUUAUCAUCAACAAAUCUCUUAUAAUAAUAGCAAUAAUCGUAUUAAUGGGAACAAUGUUAAUUCUAAUGGAAGAAAGACUUACCAGGAUUUACAAUCUCAGCCUCAGCACCAUCCUUACACUUAUACAAGCACAGGGUUACAUUCUUACAAUAAUUUUUAUUCUUUUACAAGAGCUCAUCAAAAUAAACACAGACAUGGAAAUGAUGACCAUAACAAUGGUAUGGGUCAUGGAAAUAUUAAAAAUCCAGCAAAUGCAUCAAUGAAUCCUAAGAACCUUACAGAUCCAAAGCUAUUAACAGAUGUUCCAUCAUGGUUGAAAUCAUUACGUCUUCACAAAUACUCUGCUAUUUUACAAGAUUUCUAUUGGGAAGACCUUAUUGAACUUAGCGAUGAAUUCCUUGACAAUCAUGGUGUUGCAGCCCUUGGUGCACGUAGAAAAUUAUUAAAAGCAUUCGCUAUUGUUAAAGAAUAUAAAUCAACCGGACAAAUUGAUUCGAGUGCAUUUACCCAAAAGAAGCAUUCAGAACCACCAGGCUCAAAUGGUUCAGGUGAAUUGUCUCAAGAUUCUGUUUAA